AUGCCGGGCUAUAGUAGCGACCGGUUUCCCGAUCUCUCGGCCGAAGAUCGUGACGAAUACACGUGUAGUAUAUGUCACGAGAUAUUCAACACUCCGGUCACUACAAGCUGUUGUCUACAAACCUUUUGCGAUGACUGUAUAACUGAAUGGCUUGAGACAAACAAUACCUGUCCCUACGAUAGAAAACGAUUGACAGCGAGUGAAUUGUCACGAGCAUCAAGAGUGUUGGUGAACACGAUGGGUCGGUUUAAAAUACGUUGCGACUAUUGGGAUAAGGGGUGUCGACAAGUGAUUAAAUUUGACAAAUUACCACAACAUACAAUAAACUGCAGUUAUAAUAUCACCAUGUGCGUUAAAUGCGAACAUGUGAUGACAUCGGGACACGACUGUAUCGAGUCGUUGCGGGCAGAAAUUGCGGCACUAAAACUUGCGCUAAGUGACCGGGAUCACAAUAAUAGAUAUCAUCCAUUAUCAAUACCAUCUACAUCAAACGCGAAACGAUUAGGCAAAUCAGACUUUCAUGGUCAAUUAUCGGGUGCCUGUGGCAAAUUGGUGGUGGUAUAUUUCUAUGAUUUCUGGGUAGAUCUGGGCAAAAAAUCUGAUUCUGUUUUUACCAUAAUGUGCGCUGAGUUGGCCAAUGAAGUGCUGUUCCUGAAGGUCGAUGUGGACGAUAAUGAAGACAUUGCCACAGAUCACAAGGUGUCAGUUAUGCCCACAUUUAUACUUAUCAAGAAUAAGCAAAAAGUGGAUGAGUUAUCUAGCACUAAUGAGACUAAACUACGCCAACUCAUACGUAAACACAUGUAA